CACAGUCUCCAUCCCCUCGUACAUAAUAAAAGCCGGUCGCUCUCACUGAGAAAACACCAGUUUGUUGGAGAGAAUGCAGCGAUGAUUUCAAUGGGACGCCUCACAGGAUUUUGGAUAAUUGCACUGCUGACUCUUUAUGGAUCAGAUGUGGGAGAGUCCAAAGGAAACUCUCUCAAUGAGCCUGACAUCCCCUUCCCGCCUGCUCGUCCUACCCCUCAGAACCUCGCUGCCAUCUGCCAUCAGGGUCAGGGUCGUCCCAGGUACCCGGCCAGCUUCUUCUCACGCUCCGGUGGCAGCCGUUACCGUCGCCUUGGAAACGCCAUCAACCGUCUGGAGUCCUGGUACAGUUCAUGCUGCAGCGGAGAGGAGAGCCAGAUCCUCUGCUGCACCACACAGGCGUGGAAACAGACCCUGUCUCAGUUCUGUGUGGAGGAAUACUCGACGAAGACUCUUGCGUAUGAGUGCUGUGAGGACAGAGGAGACGCACGCUGGAUCUGCUUCAACAGCGAGCUCCCAAACCCAGACUACAACCCAACACCAGGGUACACUGCACCUGCAGUCCCCCCACAGCCAGAAUUCACUUUCAAUGCAAGUGCUUGCUAAAGGUUCAAAGAGGGUGCAGUUUGAUAGAGACAUCAUAAGAGUAAAAGUAUAUGGUGGUACAACAAAGAUUUUUGGAGACCAUUUUGGAAUGAGAUUAGUUUAAUAUACUCAGAUGUAGACACAAAGAAAGAACAAUAAAUGCUGAUUUUUUUUUUUUUUUUUUAAUACUCUAGCUGAUAACUGAAUGUCCUGCAGAUUACAGAUGUUAAGAGGAGGACAGGACAUGCUUGUUGUGUUAAUAAAGCAUUAAGAGCACAAGAGCUGAAGUUGAUUAUUUUGACCCGUUCUAGGCUAUGGGAAAAAACCUUAUUAAGUUGCAUGUGUUACCUGUUAUAACCCAAAAACAUUUUGGCCUGAGUGGCUUUCAUGGUUUCUGAUGUAGAAUUCUUAGUUAGAAAAAUAAAGAUGGAAUAAAGACAUGAAAGUUUCCAUGUUUUUUUUCUGUACAAUGAUAGGCCAUUUUCCAAGUUGAUAACAAAUUUUGUUUCAAAUAGUAAAAAAAAAAAAAGUGUGAGUUUAUGGUUUUAGUCUUGAAGUGAUGUGAUUAAAAACAUUCAGACAGCUAAUAACACAAGUGUCCACCAGGGGUCACUGUUGGGUACCAUGGUUGGAGGUGGGACAUUCACACAUUAGCGAUGAUUGAGAAAACUUUAAGAGGGAACGUGUAGUGUUUAUUAAUUCAAAUAUUUGAUCAAUAACUGGUAAAUGUCUUAUAUCGUUCAGACUGGUACGUUUAUAGACUUUAAAUAGUGGGUACGCACCUGUGAGUGAACUGGGAUGGUCACGUGAUCCAGAUCCACAGCAACCAAAAAAUGACAAACAGUUCCUGCCUGCAGGGCUUCAAAAU